AUGCUACGAGUGAUGAUGAAUUGCAGCAGAAUUUUACCAUGGGAGAAAGUAGUGAAAAAGGUCGAAGACUUUUUACUACGCAUGCAAUAUUCUGGUUAUGACAAGAAGUUUAGAUAUGAGGUUGUAGCGUCUGCGUUGAAUGCAUAUAGAGUACGAAAAGAAGCUAAUAAAAGUGGGGAACGACCAAUGCAUAGACCAAAGGGGUGGAAUAAUGAGGAGAGAACGAAGGAGAAAAUCAGGAAAAAGAAAAAUUGGUAUGCAAAAAGAGGAAACGAAUCAGUAAUUUUUGUUCCAGCUACACCAAGCUAAGAUCGCAACUACAAAGAGAAUAUCAACAGGAGAUCAGAAACCUAGGUUUCAACAUCAAGGUAGUUGAGAAGGCAGGCAACACAUUGAAGAGGAUGUUACAACGAUUAGAUCCGUUCAAGCUAGAGAACUGUGGCAAGAGUGUGUACAACGGGGGUAAAAAGGACCUUGUGGUGGACAUAGAGUGA